AUGGAAGAAACGCCACGCCCCCUACCAAAAACCAAGCCUAUUGGAACGGUUAGUGGGGCCCCCUUCUGGUCAGAACAAGCCUGGGCCCCUCCAGGCUUUGCCCAGCCUACCCCAAGAAGAGCCGCUCCCCUGCAAGGCCUGUCUCCCCCUCCAUCUCUGCAUCUCCAAUCCCCAAUUGGAGCCCCUGCCCCUCCACCUCUGGCUCCAGUUGCUGCCUACCCUGCCCCGGUCAAAGUAGACCAUCCAGAUGCCUAUACAGGCAAGAUUGGGAGCAAAGCCAAGCAAUGGCUCACAAGGAUGCUGGCCUGGACCCGGCUAAAUUCUUGCAUGUUCCCUACAGAUCAGGAGGUUUUAUCAUUCCUCCUAAUGAACAUGAAGGACUCCGCCAGGGCCUGGGCCCACCCACACCUUGACCAGCUUGGAUCACACCAGGCCAUCAUCCAAACUGUUGAGGGAUUCAAACUGGAGUUCCUGGCAGCAUUUGGCAGCCCUGACGCCACAAGGGCCACCAAGCAGAAGAUAACCUCCCUAACCCAGUCUGGCACAUGUGUGGACUAUAUUACUAAGUUCAGGACCCUAGCCAUGGAACUGGACUGGAACAACGCAGCCCUUAGAGGCCAGUUUGCCUGUGGCCUCCACUGGGAAGUCAGCCGCCAAAUUGCUACCUGCAAGCAUUGCCCCUGUACCCUCCUCAAGCUGCAGAACGCAGCACUUGUCAUUGACAGCGCUCUCUGUGAAGAGCAUGCUAGCCACCCACCAAGGGACAAUAAGCCUAGCAAACAGCCCAACUCCGCAAGGGGGACAAGUACUGGCCAGUCAACUACCGGUUUGAAGAAACUCUCCAACAACCCCAAUUUUGUGUUGGAAGAAGAAAGAAACCACUGCUGCACCGCAGGCGCUUGCAUCAAAUGUGGUAAAAUGGGCCACAAGUUUGCAGAAUGCCGCACAGGCUGGAAAGCCACCCCUACCAAGGAUAAAGGGAAGGGUAAAGAAACCACCAAGAUUGGCAAAGACUCCAAGUACCAAUUGGGAAAAGAAAUCUCCCCCCUCUUUACCAUUCAGAUCCAGCCAGACAAACAAGCGGAACCAUUAGAAGCCCUGAUUGACUCAGGCGCAACAUCAUCCUUCCUCCACCCACAUACCGCCAAGGCAUUACGCCUACCCCUCAUAGACCUACCUACACCCCGUACCGUUACCAUGCUCAAUGGGUCAAGCCCCCAGGCUGGCAAAAUCUGGAAGAAGGCAAAUUUAACCUUCUCCUUUGAUGGCAAACAAAUGGCUGAGACCUUCCUCAUAUGCAAUACAGGGUCUCAUGCUGCCAUCUUAGGAUUGAAAUGGCUAGAUGCCCAAAACCCAGAGAUUGAUUGGAACGCGCAAACCCUCUCCUUCCCCCAUACACCACCCAAGCAUGUGGCCAUUGCCAAAGAGGAGGAAGCUGACAAAAACCCCCUUGAAGGAGUACCCUCCAAAUACCAUCAAUACGCUAAGGUGUUUGGAGAAGAAGAAUUCAACAAGCUUCCCCCACAUAGGCACUACAACAUUGGCAUUGAACUCACAGAAAAAGGUCCCCUCAACUCCCCCCUUUACAGUAUGACCAACACCAAGUCUGCCACACUAAAGGACUGGCUUUGGGAUGAGUUGAAAGCUGGGAAGAUCUGUCCCAGCAAAUCUUUGAUUAGCUCCCCUGUGAUGUUUGUGCCAAAGAAAGACAGUUCCCGCCAAUUGGUUGUUGACUACUGUUGCCUAAAUAACUGGACUAAGAAGAAUGUUUACCUGCUACCCUGUCCAGAUGACCUUAUGGCCCAGCUUUGUGGUGCCAAAGUCUUUACUAAGUUAGACCUGCAAUGGGGUUACAAUAACAUCCAAGUUAAAGAAGGUGACAAAUGGAAGACUGUGUUCUGCACCAAGUACGGCCUUUACAAGUCCCUAGUCAUGACCUUUGGCCAGACCAACACUCCCGCCGCCUUCCAACACUUCAUGAACAAAUUGUUCAAGGAUCUCUUGGAUGUAUGCGUCAUCAUUUACCUGGAUGACAUCCUGAUUUACUCAAAGGAUGACGCAACUCACACCCAACAUGUUCAUGAAGUUCUACAGCGCUUGAUGGAAAACCAGUUAUUCUGCAAGGCCUCAAAAUGUACCUUCCAUGUCACAUUGGUAGAGUACUUGGGGAUCAUUGUCUUGGACAAGGGAUUCAGCCUGGAUGUCACGACUAAGCUCGGACCUAUGAUACAAGUAGGCUUAAAGUCCGUGGCCCUAUCAUCAAUGGACUGUGAGACAAAGAGGGGCAACAAAGGCCCAAGGGGUAUGGUAUGGGUAGAGGGCAACGAGGCCUGGGUUAAGGGUUUGUAG